GACUGAACCCAAGCAUUUGGGCAAUUAAGUAAUGCAUAAUGUCAUAUACUGGCUAGAGAGAGGGAAUUGUUUGUCACAAACUAUCAAGAUAUUUUCUUUUGCUGGAGAACUUAACUGGAGAAGGUAUACCAUAUAUUGUAUACGUUCUGUUUGGCUAUACCUGCUACAUAAUGGUAUUACGCUCCACUGUGAUGCACGCUUGGAAAGUUGUGGCGUUCCAACUGAAUCGACGGAACUGGACAUGUGAAUGAACUGACAAACAUUCUAUAUCGGGAGUCCAAGCUGUCGCGGAAUAAGCUUUGACGGUAGAGUACCUUUAACAGGUGGCUCUCCGAAGAUGUACCGUUCCAACAGCUUGCAAUCCAUAAUCUUCGGCUGACGAAGGAUUUACCUUGCUCUGGCUUCACAUCAUUUCACAAAGAGCCCAAGCAUCAUGUUGGUGUGAAGUUUAAUAUUGUAGAUGAACGGUUGGAAAGGCCUGGGAAUGUUUUCAAGCUGUGCGCUCACGUGGACUAACUAGGAGCGCCAUCUCUGCAUAUUUUGUUUUUAUAACAAUUUGAAAUAACCCGGGGUGUAAAGCAAUGUUUCCAGAAGUGAAUAUCAAGACAGGGAGACCCGAUUCCUACAUCCAUCAACACAAACUCCACCCUGACUGCACGCACCUUGGAUCUAGCCGGGCCCAGCAGAAGCAGAACUGUGGCACAGGCAAAGUCACUUUGCCCCAGCUUGAUACAAAGUCCCACCACCAGUCUGAGAGCAUCCUGCCACACUCCACAAGCAAGGGCCUGCAGAACACCUGUGAAAGGCAGCUUCCAGGUACCAGGCACCAGGGCAGCUUUCAGGAUGAGAGAUCACAGAGCCCCGCAUUGGAGUCUGUGGAACAGUCCAUCAACUGCAUGAACAACCAGAAUGAGGCGAGGCAUUUUGAGGGACACAUUCUGCCCAUGUCACCUGCAGAGGUACUGAAAGUGUUCAAAUAUCGUCUGACUGAGCAUGAGCAGGAAGAGAUCAUGGACUACUCAGAGGUCUGGUACCUUGGUCUGGAUGCAAAGAAAAUCAGGGGCUCCCCUAGUCUGCCCCUCAACUCUGGCUAUGACGACGAGAGUGGAGGCUAUCUGAAGAUCACUCAUGACCACAUUGGCUUCCGGUUUGAGGUGCUGGAGGUGAUCGGGAAAGGAUCCUUUGGGCAGGUCCUGAAGUGCCUUGAUCACAAGACCAAUGAAUUUGUGGCCAUCAAAGUAAUACGCAAUAAGAAAAGGUUUCACCACCAGGCCAUGGUGGAGUUAAAGAUCCUGGAUGUGUUGAGAAGAAAGGACAGAGACGACCAGCACAACGUCAUCCACAUGAAGGAGUACUUCUACUUCCGGAAUCACCUCUGCAUCUCAUUUGAGCUCCUGGGAGUGAACCUGUACGAGCUCAUCAAGAAGAACAACUUCCAGGGUUUCAACCAGGUCCUGGUACGCCGCUUUGCUUACUGUCUUCUCAAGUGCUUGCAGAUGCUGCACAAAGAGAAGAUAAUCCACUGUGACCUGAAACCGGAAAACAUCCUUCUGUCACACAAAGGACAAGGCAACGUCAAGGUCAUUGACUUUGGCUCCAGCUGCUAUGAGCAGCAGAGAGUUUACACCUACAUCCAGAGUCGCUUCUACCGCUCCCCAGAGGUGAUCCUGGGUCACCCCUACAGCAUGGCCAUCGACAUGUGGAGCCUGGGCUGCAUCCUGACUGAGCUCUACACCGGCUUCCCCCUUUUCCCCGGGGAGAGCGAGGUGGAGCAGAUUGGAUGCAUGAUGGAGCUGCUCGGAAUGCCCCCAAAGGAUUUCCUGUUGACAGCAACCAGGAAGAGGCUAUUUUUUGAUUCCAAGGGCAUCCCCAGGAAUAUCACCAGCAGUAAGGGGAGGAAGAGACGGCCCAACUCCAAAGAUCUGGCUGGUGUUUUGAAGACCAGCGAUCCUCUCUUUCUGGACUUCAUCAAACGUUGCCUCACAUGGGACCCUAAGAAGCGCAUGACCCCUGAUGAAGCCGUGCAGCAUGAGUGGAUCCAAGAGUCCCGCCUCAACAAGUUCAGGAGGCCCAGCGAGAGCUCCAGCAAUGUGGAGAACAACAUAGAGCAGCAGUCUUUCCACAAGCCAGACCUCAUUAACAGGAUUGUUGAGAAGACAAUCUCAAGAGAUCACAAGGCCAAGAAAGAAAACCCAGUGAAUGUGGUGUCCGCCGAGCGCUUGCCUCCGAUUGGGGCUUCGGCCGAGGACCAGAUUGGGCAGGGCAGGACCCAGAGCACCAGUGGCAAGAAGGAGGUGCCCAGGGAGAGAUCAGUCCACAUUGUCAUCAGGCCCACCCUGGAGCAAGCUGUAGACACUGACAGAGAAAGACUGGAGCACCAGCAAAGCCUGCCCCCAAUCACAUGAAGGCACCAGGGACAGAGGAUGGAGUUCGGCGGGUCACAUCACAUCAGGUUAAUAUCAUAAGAAGUACAUAUAAUAACAUGUUGGGGUCGUGGUAGUAAUAUAUCCUGUUUUGUAGAUGUAGCAGCUUUUUAUUUAUUUAAUUUAUUUGGUAUGUUAAUGGCUGUAUGUCUUGGACACUCGGGUGAAGAGAGGGGCGGAGCUGUCAACUGAUCACUA